AUGAUAUUGGAGAAAAUACAGAACUGGUUAGUUCGACAUCGUGACCAAACGAAUGUCACUUAUUCAAGGUUCGGGAGGGGAGGUAUGUUACCUUUACUUUCUGUUAGAAAAUUACAAAAAUCUGCGUUGCCUAAUGAAAUAAAUUGGUUUUAGACGGGGAGCCAGAUGACAGACCACCUCCAACAAAAAUCAUAGUAGCUCCAUUUGAUGAAAACGCUCCAGAGUUUAUGUUUCUACAGCAUUGGCACGUUCAGAAGAUGGCUGUGGUAAGUACAUAACGGUGUUUAUAUUUCCUGCUUUAGUUUAAUUCGUGUUUCGGAAUGGCCAUGGUGAUAUUGUUCUUCAUCUCGAGCUUCUUCGAGUUCAACUGGUACCACCACAGACGAGGUGUUGAUAUCUCAGCCUUGCUCGGGCUGUUCGUCUACCUCGGAAUUGGAGUGAUGAUCCAUUACUACGUUUUGUCUGGAGUCAAGAAACAAGAACCGUCGUAUCUUCUGCCAUUUAUCGUUGUAUAUUCGGUCAUCUGUACUGGCGAGGUUGUAACCAUCUUCGCAUUACUGUAGGUCGUGUCUCUUACUGUAGAAUCUUUUAGAUUUAAAUCUCUGGAACCACAAGAAACCAAUCAGCCUCCAUUUUUCACGAUGUUCGUGCUGGUACUGGUGUUUGCGAUCGUGCAACUAGUCAUGCUUCAUAUUGUAAUCGAGUGUAGAAAGUUCCUUUCCAUGAAGAAGAUGCACGAGUUCGAGCUGAAAGUGGCGGAAAGAAGCGUAAGUUUCCAUAAAUACUUUGUAUGAAUAUCCUCAUCUUUUAAAACAUCUGUCGUAUUUUUUGUCUAAUCGACAAGUUUCAGAAAGCCUCCAACCCGGUGAUGGUGAUCGAGUUCGCCAAAGGAGAUUCAGGUAUAGAAAACCCUAACAAUGAGACUCAAACCAACAACACUAUCGGCAUUAUGAACCGCGAAGUAGUUUAA